GAGGUUCUGAAAAGGUUCAAUAAUAUAAUACCGUUGCUCGAUCCAUUGAACGAUAUGAAAAUAAAAGAUCCUACGCUGUACGAAAAUAUUACCAAACUGGAAGCACUGGAAAGACGAUAUACAGCUCAUCCAUUGAGAGCCAGCAGCAAUUUCAAUGAUAUUUAUAAGAAAUAUGAACAAAAACUGGAAUUGGAGGCAGAACUGAAAGCAGCUAAAGCAGAGCUCAAAAAAGCACAAAGUUUGUUGCAACUCGAAGAGCUGAAGUGCAGAUUGCGAGUACUACGAAGACUACAGUAUUGUGACGAAAAGGACGUGAUCCUGCCAAAGGUAGGAGAUGAGUUAUGUCCCGCUAGUGCCAGUAACAUAAAUUUGUUCUUUUUGGUAGUGAAUGAAUAA